AUGGGUUCGACGGACGUCAUCGCCGGAGUCAGUGCGUUUGGCGGCAAAUGGGUGUCAUUGACGUGCGACAGCGAACGGUUCGACAUCGACAGUGGCCGUGUGCGUUGCCAGUACACGGUGGCCGAUUACAUGUCCGCGGUGGACGGGGCCGCCGUGAUCGUCGUGCCUGCCGCGUUCCGUUACGCGUCGCAGAUGGUAGCGCACGUCGUCUUGCCCGGCAGCGGCCGCGGACAAGCCGAGGUGAUCAUCCGUCGGUGGGCCGUCCGGUGCGCUCGACCGUAUCGGUUCGCGUACGUCGAUGGCCGGCGCUACGAAGUGUUGGGCGUCAGCGACGCGUUUACGUUCGUCCACCGCGGAUCUUGCGACUGCGGUGCCGAUUUCCGAAUGGACCUGCCUGUUCUGCAGGCCGACGAUCAUCGUACGACUGACCAAACGAUGAGCGCGUUCGUUUCGGCACUGAUGGACACGCGGUCCAGCGCCUGUCCGGUCUGCAAUGUGCCGUCCAAUCACCGACAAGUGUUGGAGUACUUGACUACAAACAUCGAUCGGUUGUCCGACGUUCAUUCGAACAUCAAGAGGGAUCACAUCAAGCAAACCGAAUGUCUGAACGACUGCACAUCGUUAUUGGAGUUCCAGCAUAUUAAAACAAAAAUGUUGAAUCGAGAAACGGAAAACUGUCGACGGUUUGCGGAUGAUUUAGUAAUGGGUUUGUUGAAAAACCGCAAAGCCGUUUUCAAGACAGGUAUUCAUACGAUUUACGUAAAGAUGGACGAAACUCCCGAAGGCGAACCUUCAGCAAGUGAAUAUUUUAUGGACUCCGUUAUUAAUUCACAAAAACAAACGAUUGUGAAGUUGACGUCAAUAUACAAAGAAAUAACCAUUAUGAUGAAUACGAUGCAAUUAUUUGCAAAAGUAUUAUAA